AUGCAGUCAAACACGUUGGUAAUACUUCUAGGCAAGGCAGAAAUUUCGGAGAACAAAAUGGUGACGAGGAGCUUGAAGCUGAACUGCUCUUUUCGUACCGCGAGCGAUCUUGCUCAAGUGAGUGCACAAUUCCCCACCAACGCUUGUGAAGACAACAGACAAUCACAAAUAUGAUCGUAUGACGAUCCAGCACCGUUUGGCGCCUCAGGCAGCCCAUCAUCACCACCACAGAGGGGCUUUGCAAGAGGCGUGGUGGCAACGAUGGCUCCGAGCGCCCCAAAUGGUAA